CCCCGCGCCUGCUCCGUGCCGAGCUCCGUGACCCACCCAAUGCCGGGGCCGAGGGCGCUGCUGGGACUGGGGUUACUGGUGGCGGCGGGGACACGCGUGGGCGGGCGCUGCUGGAACCGGGGCUGGAGCUGGGACCGGAGCUGGGAGCGGGACCGGUGCCGCCCCCGCCGCGCCAUGCACCGGCCCAGCGCGGGGGGGCUCCGCUUCCUCGGGCAGGAGGAGGCACAGGCCAUCGACCAGGAGCUCUUCACAGAGUAUAAAUUCAGCGUGGACCAGCUGAUGGAGCUGGCGGGGCUGAGCUGCGCCACCGCCAUCGCCAAGGCUUACCCCCCCAGCUCCUUCACCACUAGCCAGCCCGCCGUGCUGGUCGUGUGUGGGCCGGGCAACAACGGUGGCGACGGCUUGGUCUGCGCCCGGCACCUGAAAAUGUUUGGCUACGAACCAACCGUGUAUUACCCCAAGCGCCCCAACAAGCCCCUGUUUGAAGGUUUGACCACCCAGUGCCAGAAGAUGGAUAUCCCCUUCCUCCCUGAAUUCCCGGGAGAGGCUGCGCUCAUCGACGAGCUCUACGGCCUGGUGGUGGAUGCCAUUUUCGGGUUCAGCUUCCAGGGAGCGGUGCGGGAGCCCUUCGGCAGCAUCCUCAGCACCCUGGAGCGCAUCACGGUGCCCAUCGCCAGCAUCGACAUCCCCUCGGGCUGGGACGUGGAGAAAGGGAAGGCGGAUGGUCUCCAGCCCGACAUGCUCAUCUCGCUCACGGCACCCAAGAAGGCAGCAGCGCAUUUCACUGGCCGCUACCACUUCCUCGGGGGCAGGUUUGUGCCGGCCGCGCUCCAAAAGAAAUACACUUUAAACCUGCCACCAUACCCCGAGACAGACUGCGUCCUGCAGCUGAACUAGGGCUGGGGCUCAGCAGGGGUUUGGGGCGCUGGGCUAGGAUUCAGCAUAGGAGAUCAGGGCCUAAUUCUGCCAAAGCCACAGCCCUCUGCGAGGAGGAUGGUCAGCACCUCGCUGGGCUCCAUCCUACCCAGCUCUGCCAGCAGGAUCGAAGUUCAGUGCAGACCAAAGCCCGCAGGAACUUGGGACCUGGUCUGAGUGCUUCGAGGGAAGUACAGACACGAUCUGGGAUCCCGGGGUCUGCCGCAUGUCUUGCACUUCAGGAUAGUUUCAUUGCAAUAAAGAUUUAUUUGUGCCCUUGAAAAAA